UCUCCUCUGUUAUGGGAAGUAGGAAGUUGGGUCGCUGCCGCUGUCAACAAGGCAUGCACGAGACUGGCAGUGUUUACUUGCGUAAUUUAAUGUCAUUAUGAAAUUGUUAUAAUCGAUGAGAGUCAACUCGGCAUGCGUGAUGGCAAUGCAAAAAGUGACACAAUCUUGCGGUCUUUACUGGCUCCAGUGCGCGCAGAGAACAUGUUGGAAUGGACAUGGGUUUUUGCAACUAAACUCGCCCUCUGUCACCUUCAGUGCUGUUCGCGUUGACCAGCAUAGGCAUAUUCGCAGUCUGUCACAUCACAACAAUGAAAGUCAAGCUGGAAAACAUUUGCUUUUGAUGACUAAAAGGCUAUGUGCCAGCUCAGCGGACCGCAAAUGCUGGAGUUGUGGAACUUCAGCCCCGUCAUUCUUCUGCCCCGCAUGCAAGCUCGUGCAGCCUCCAACCAAAAGCUCUUACUUUGAGAUCAUGGACUGUGACCAGAUGUUUUCCUUGGACACCCAGCGGCUCCAGAAGACGUACCUACAACUUCAACGCUCUUUACACCCCGACAACUUCAGCCAGAAGACGCCGACGGAGCAAGAGUACUCAGCCGAGCAGUCUGCAUUGGUAAACAAAGCUUACAGGACUCUGCUGAAGCCUUUGAGUCGUGGACUCUAUAUGCUGGAGCUGAAGGGCAUGCACCUGGAGGAGGGGACGGACGCGGCCGCUGACCCCCGACUCCUCAUGGAGGUCAUGGAGAUCAACGAGGAGCUGGCCGACGCCCAGAGCCACCAGGAGGUCGACGCCAUUGGACGCUCCAUGAGAGAGAAACUGAGCGACUUGACGGAGCACAUAAACACCACGCUGAAAGAAGGAGACCUUCAGUCAGCCAAAGGACUUCUUGCCCAAAUGAAAUACUUUGCCAACAUUGAAGAGAAAGUGAAAGAAAAGCUGUCAGAGUUGGCAGAGAACGCAUAGGAACAAAUACCUGAUGUACUGUACACCUACUGAUUUCACAUUUUCACCUUGCAGUCUUUUCAUGUAAUCUCUAUAUACUGUACAAGUACUGUGACAUGCACAUUGUACAAACAGCUUAUAUUUAUUUUGGUAAUA